AAAUCUCUCUCUCUCUCUCUCUCUGUGCAAAGAGCUUUCUCAGCUCUCUCUUUACCGCCGAAAGUUUCAGGCUUUCUCCUUUUCUGAGUUCAUCCAACUCAGUUUCUUCUUCAUGAUGCCAAGUGUUAACCCGGAUUCGUCUGACAAAGAUUCGGAGGCAUUCGAGGAAACCGAUCCAACUGGUCGAUAUGGUAGAUACAGCGAACUAUUAGGAUGCGGUGCCGUGAAGAAAGUGUACCGUGCAUUCGAUCAAGAAGAAGGAAUAGAGGUAGCAUGGAACCAAGUGAAGCUAAGGAAUUUCUGUGGUGACUCUGCUAUGGUAGAGAGGCUUUAUGCUGAAGUGAGGUUAUUGAGAAGCUUAUCAAACAAAAACAUCAUUGAACUUUAUAGUGUUUGGAGCGAUGAUAAAAAGAAUACACUCAAUUUUAUCACCGAGGUUUGUACUAGUGGGAAUUUGAGAGAGUAUAGGAAGAAACAUAGGCAUGUUUCGAUGAAGGCGUUGAAGAAAUGGUCUAGGCAGAUUUUGAGAGGGUUGAAUUAUUUGCACACUCAUGAGCCGUGCAUCAUUCAUAGAGAUCUCAAUUGCAGCAACGUGUUUGUUAAUGGGAAUGUUGGCAAGGUUAAAAUCGGUGACUUGGGUUUGGCAGCAAUUGUUGGGAAGAAUCAUAUUGCACACACAAUUCUUGGUACACCGGAGUUUAUGGCACCGGAAUUAUACGAUGAAGACUACACAGAAUUGGUGGACAUAUACUCAUUUGGAAUGUGUGUUUUAGAGAUGGUUACAUUGGAAAUUCCUUAUAGCGAAUGCGACAAUGUUGCAAAGAUAUACAGGAAAGUGUCUUCCGGUAUAAGGCCUGCUGCAUUGAACAAGGUCAAAGAUUCAGAGGUAAAGGACUUCAUUGAGAGGUGUCUUGCUCAACCAAGGGCUAGACCUUCUGCUGCUGAGCUUCUCCAAGAUCCUUUCUUUGAUGAACUUGUCGGUGAAGAGGAUGAUGAUGACGAAAAUGGUGACUAUGUUUGUUCAUACUAAAUUAAAUAGUCCUUUGUGUGACAAAUAUUUGGAUGUCAUAGUUUUAAUUUAGUUUAAAUAUCAAUUUGCUAAUUUGGGGUAGGCUAUAAGGUAUGAUUUGUUUUGGUUUCUUUUCCCUUUGGAUAUGGCUGAAUAUGGGGAAGGCUUAAUUGGAGAUGUUGUCAUUUUGUACAUAGGAGAUUUUCUUCAAGAGUUGUGUAAAUUGAAUGAUGAUUCCAUAAUAAAUGUUAUGUUUCUGAUC